UUGAAUCGGUCCCUCAAUCUUAAUUGCUUCAAAUUACAAAUAAUUCGUAAGUAGACUCGACACCUUACAUUGGCAAACCGAAAGCAACUUCAAUUCAAACCCUUCAACCGCUUGGAACAAUGGCGGUAGAUUAAAGCAGCCAAAAGGGCCCUCCAUGGAUACACGUAAUUAUCAGCUCGGAAAGCAAACGAGAAACGAGAGGUGCAACUGUACAAGGAAGAGUGCUAUGGUACAAAGACUGAAACUCUGAGGGGAUGAUUCUGUGAUCAUCAUCAUUGCUCAUCUUUCUCCCAGCACAGAGGCUUCUUUCUGGUCUGCAACAUGGUUGUCGAGGUAAUGGAGACAAGAAACGGAUGGCCACUUGGGCUAGGUAACAUUAAUCUGAGACUUAGAGCUACACUCAACUUUGAGGCAGCAGCACCAGCAAACGAAUUGUCCUCAGAAAUGCCCUCUCCCAGUCCCAGUUUCACCUCAUUUUCAUCCUCCAAUCUUGAUACUGAGUCCACAGCAUCAUUCUUCCAAGAUCAGAGUGUGCCGCUGGGACGGCUUAUAGGAAUAAGACCUGCGAGCCGAGGAAGUUUGCAGUUCCCGAGUACAAAUGACUUCAGACAGCAUAGGAGUUUAUCUAGUGGAAGAUCAAAUGCGGAGGUCUCCAGAAAUCCUGGGGUAGAAACAUCUCAGGGGCUCUGUGUCCCGUUAUUACACAAUGUCAUAGAGAAGAUGAGCCGAAGUAAAAGCACCUCAAGGCAUUAAUUUGAGACCAAACAUCUAUUUUUGGUCCAUAUUUGAGAUCCAAAUGAUCGUCACACACCUUUGAUUGCUUCCCUAUUGGAUGACUCAUUUGUAAUUGUUCUUCUGUAAAUUUUUCCAAAUCAGCUGCUUGCUGCUUUGUCCUGGGGACUAGUUCAAGUUUCUUGUAUCAAGUUAGGUAACAGAAUACAUGACCAGUUCAAGUUUCUUCAAGUCAACUUAGGUAAGAGAAAUAAAGGAUUACGCAUCAUUAUUUAGCCAAGUUCA